UUGAUAUGGGUGAGCUGGAUGAACUUGUGAAUGGAGAAGCUGUACAACAAACACAAAUAAUUGUUAUAAUUUGGUUUUGAGAGGGAAUUUUAAAACUGCCUAUGAACAAAAAACAUUGAGCUUGAGAUGAUGAGACAGAAAAUUAAGGGAAAGCAAGUGGUUGUUUGUCAACAUUUAUCUCUUCAAACUGGUUCGGGCUGGAAAGUCUGUCUAUGAAAAGCAUGAGGAAUUACAUGUGGAAUUUUGGAUCCUCUGACCUUCUCACAAUGUGUGUCAGCAUGAUCAUCCACUACUUUGCUGAAUAUUUCUCUCUGCAGACAUGGGUCCUGUUUCUGCAACCCUUGCCCACCUGAUAAUAUCAUUGAGGGCAAGUUCAGCCUUUUUCCUUUCUUGCUCUUUCUCAAUAGAUUUCUACCAAAUGAAAAUAUUGCCAGAUAUGUAGCCAUCUAUUCUUUAUUGAAACGAAAUACAGUAGCCACUCAACCAGUUAUCAUUGGACUGAGAGACACCAUCUUAUUUCCCAGAGGCCACUGAAACCACCAGUUCAUUCAUAUAGGCAACUGAAUAGCUGUCAAAUGGCAGUAAAUUUUGGAUACUAGCAAUAUGCAUUGGAAUCAAACUGAUUUUUCUUGGUUAACCUUGUACAAUAAAGCAGAAGAUAGAACAUGUACAGAGCGCACCAAAACUAAGCACAGACUGUUUGACCUCUGUCUGUUGCUGAUUUAGAACAGUUGACUUGAGUUGAUCUAGCAGUUUCAUGGUGAGAUCGAAACUGCAGAUCACCUCUUCUCUUCUAGUCAGGUUACCAUGGUUUUGUUACCUAACUGCUGUUAUCUUGCAAUAAUAAUGUUGACAUGCUGCUGUGUGGAGCAAUCAGACACAAGCUAUCCUUAAUACUAAUCUGUGAGAUAUCCUGGUGCUCUCACAAAGGAAAGAAAACCAGUCUGGUGAUAGAAAAUCUCCAGCUCUUUAAAGACAUUUUUCUAAAGACGAAAGCAAAUGGGAGCCAGGGAGAAAAGUCAAUGGCCCCAAACUUAUGAGUCCCUUUAUAAGCUUGAGGAGUUUAAAAACAUUAACAGAUGGACCAAUGCACACAAAAUGCUGUUCUCUGAUAUGCUGAUACAGUGCAAUGCUGCUUCAGGAGCAAUUAAUGAAUUUCCUGAAGAUGUAUUUACAAAUAAGGAUCGGCAGGAGGGAGCAGUGCUGUUUCAUAUUAUUGGUGCUCUUUAUAUGUUCUAUGCCUUGGCUAUAGUAUGCGAUGACUUCUUUGUUCCCUCAUUAGAGAAAAUUUGUGAGAAAUUACACUUGAGUGAAGAUGUUGCUGGAGCCACUUUCAUGGCCGCAGGAAGCUCGACCCCAGAAUUAUUUGCAUCUGUUAUAGGUGUAUUUAUCACUCAUGGUGAUGUAGGAGUUGGGACCAUUGUUGGGUCAGCAGUUUUCAACAUCCUUUGCAUUAUUGGCGUCUGUGGGAUAUUUGCGGGACAGGUGGUUCGUCUCACCUGGUGGUCUGUGUUUAGGGACUCCAUGUACUACACGCUUUCUGUGAUCCUUCUUAUCAUUUUCAUAUAUGAUGAGCAAAUAGUAUGGUGGGAGAGCCUUAUACUCAUCGUUAUGUAUUUCUUCUACAUACUUAUUAUGAAGUACAAUGUGAGGAUGCAAAAGUUGUUUACCAUCAAAAGCAUGAACGUUGGGAAUGGCAACACAGUCAGCAAUGAGCUGGAAGAUGGUAAUAAAUGUUAUGACAUAAGCUGUGAUGACCCAUCCAUGCCAUUGCUAUGGAAAGUGAAGGGAAAGCAGCAAUAUGGCAAAAACCCGGUGGUGAUGGUGGAUGAGAUCAUCUGCUCCAGUCCCCCGAAAUUCCGCUUCCCUGAAGCUGGCUUACGAAUAAUGAUUACAAAUAAAUUUGGACCCAGAACCAGGCUGCGGAUGGCAAGCAGGCUCAUUAUUAAUGAGCGUCAGCGACUGAUCCACUCUGCCAAUGGCACAAGCAAAACGCUUCAAAAUGGCAAACAUGAAAAUAUUGAAAAUGGGAACAUCAUUGUGGAAAAUCAAGAGGAGGAGAAUGAGCAUGAAAACGCAUCUCCCUUUUCAGCACCAGAUGGAAAAAUGAACAAAGUCAAAUGGAUUGUCACGUGGCCAUUGCUAUUCCUGCUCUUUUGUACCAUUCCAAACUGCAACAAACCACGUUGGGAGAACUUUUUUAUGCUGACAUUCAUUUUAUCCACUCUGUGGAUUGCUUUGUUCUCCUAUUUUAUGGUGUGGAUGGUUACUAUAAUUGGAUACACUCUGGGGAUCCCUGACGUUAUCAUGGGCAUUACUUUCCUAGCUGCAGGAACGAGCGUACCAGACUGCAUGGCCAGCUUAAUAGUAGCAAGACAAGGUCUCGGUGACAUGGCAGUAUCCAAUACAAUAGGGAGCAAUGUAUUUGACAUUUUAGUAGGCCUUGGAGUACCCUGGGGCAUGCAAACUAUGUUGAUUGAUUAUGGAUCAGUGGUUAAGAUAAAUAGCAAGGGACUGGUCUAUUCAGUUGUGCUUCUGCUGGGCUCUGUAGCUCUUACUGUGGGUGGAAUCCAUAUAAAUAAAUGGAAACUUGACAAGAAACUAGGCUUCUACGUGCUGUUUCUUUAUACCAUUUUCCUGUGUUUCUCUGUAUUGAUAGAGUUUAAUGUCUUCACCUUUGUCAACUUUCCAAUGUGCCGAGAAGAUCUUUAAAACAAGCCACAACCAUGAGAGAGGCUGACAUACUCUUUAUUCCUUGUGCUAUAAAUGAUAGGAGAUAUUUUACAUUUCUACCUUCUCAUCAGUAAUCUGAUUUUCUUUCCUGCUUUGUCAUCCAACAAGCACUUUUACUUACCUGGAAGGAAAAAAAACCUUUCUUUUAACAUGCUAGCUCAAGGCAACCAAAGCAUUUUCCUCUUUGGGUAUUGCUGUUCAGUCAUCCAACUUGUGGAUCUCAUGCAGAGCGAUCAAAAGUCCAAUCUUCAUGGUGUUCUGCUGUGGUUUUCAUUCUCCUUAUGUAGACAAUAAUGCACCACAGUCAAUCGGAACAAGACUAGAAAAAACUCUCCUCUCUCUUUUUUUGACAUUUACUGCCCAUGGAAGAAGAAGAGGCUGGCUCAGAACUUUUCUUGACUCCAUUAAAGCAUCGGAGCUACAGGACCAGAAAGUCCGAUGCACAUAACAUGGCAUGCACUGUUGUGGACAUAUGUUUUUUCCCCUUCAAGUGCUCUGUUUAUAGAGGAACUGCAUUGACAUUUAUAAGCCUUUGUUGGUGAUUUCUGAAUAUUUAAUCACUCUUUUUUUAAAACAUGUGAAGAACACAUGAACAAUUUUACAGAGAAAGAAGAGAAAAUGGUUAAUAUCGUAUCACUUUUGAUGAUGCACACUAAGAGUAAUAGAAUCUGAAAUCUUCAAAAGAGAAUAUAUGUGCAAAAUAGUCUUACUUUUGUGGAAUAUUAAAGCCUGUAAGUAACAUUUUGCAUUGGUACUAGUAAGCCCACUUGUAAUUUUACAAGAAACUAAAAGAUUAACGCCCAACGGGGCGCUCAGUUUCUAGUGGCAAUUGUUAUCUGAAAAAUAGAACAUGAACACAUUCCAGACCUUCUUGCAAUAUGAUGCAUCAGGGAUUUGGGGGGGAAUUUAUUUCAUUAUUAGUAUAUUAAUCUAGAAGCUGCUGCAUCUUCUCCAUUUUGUUUUGUUUUUGUUUGUAACCACAAACUUAAUAGAGAUGGGUACCCAACACUAAGUAAUGCAUAUAAUAAACAACUCUAACAAGACUAAGUCUGUCAUGGGAACUAUCUCCUUGAUCAGAUUGUAUGCAGGAAGUUUUAAAGCUUGUCUUACUUUAGAGCCAAAUUAUUUUAACCCCACAGAACCAGAUUUUGAUUUUCUUUGCACCUGUAUAAAUCUAGAUUAAAAGAUUAACUCUGAAUUUUCCUGGGCAUAACUGAGAACAGAAUCUGGCUCAGAAUAAUGAGUAACAUUACCAAAACUGUGUAAUGUCCCAGUUCGAAGUGGAGUUACAAAGAAGAUUCAUCAAAAGAAUUUAACAUAUUUUGAAACUGCUACUUAACUCUAAAAUGUAUUUUAAAGUUGUAUAUGAACAAAAUAUAUAAGGUUUCUAAAGAAG